CCCCUUCCAUGAAGCAAGCCGUUCGCGUUUUAUCAGCUGAGUUGGCCAAUCCCCCUGUUUUGGUUUUUCCAGAUUAGGAUGCUGUUUCAGACGGCUCGCGACCUUCUCAUCUUUACUGUGAUGCUAGUCGCGAUGGGUUUGGUGGGACUCUCGAACAAGAACAGCCAGAUGGUUCCAUUUGCCCAAUUGUCUUCAUCAGUCGGGCUACUUUGGACUCAGAACCUUCGCCUGUUGCGGCUCUCCCGUUGGUUUCCUCUCUGUUAG